AUGGACAACCAAUUAAACGAAGCAAUAAAGGCAGCGGUGGCAGCAGUGCAGGCUGCUGGUUUGGCGGUCGUGGCACAAGCCACACGUGCGGCGGCGACGCAGAUGCCGCCACCAGCAACAAGUGCGGCGACCCAGAUGAUGCCACCACCACCACCACCACCUGGGCAAUGGUGGGGUCCUGCGCCGCAGGGAUAUGUCGCGCCGCCAUCACCUGGUCAGUGGUGGUAUCAGCCGGCGCAGACAUAUGUGGCGCCACAGCCACAGUGGUAUUCGUAUCCUGCACAAGGAUUUGGAGCACCACCGCCACUGUGGUACCCUGCGCAAGGGUGGCAUCCUGCGCAGGGAUACGUGGCGCCACCACAACAUCAGGCGCCACAAGCGCAGGCGAUACAUCCACAAGCGCAGGCGAUACAUCCACAAGCGCAGGCGCUACAUCCACAAGCGCAGGCGAUACAUCCACAAGCGCAGGCGCUACAUCCACAAGAGCAGGCGAUACAAACUCCACCACACCCACACCCGCAGGAGGAGGUGUUGGAGAAGGCGGUUUUGGUGGAGCCGGAGGAGGAGCCGGAGGCCCAGGCUGCCAUCCCCCCGUUGGCCCCCCUAAUUCUGUCGCCGCGGCCAUCAGCAGGGCGUAGGCGUCCUGUCGCUUCUCGGGAGCGGCCAGGGCGCCCAUAUCCAGCACUGGGAACGCCUCGUCUUUCGUUGCCUCCCAAUGCCAUUGAAGUCUCUCAGUGGCCACAGCUCCCCACAAAGGAACUGCAGAGUCACUUCGAUGGCAAUGGAAGCUCAGUGGUAAAGAACCCUAGUGGGCAUAGGGUUAAGUGCAAAGGGGACGGGGUCACGGCGUACGUGCCAGAUGGCCCAAAUGCCACCCUGCGGGAACACUGGGCGGAGGUUAACAACGGGCAAUCCAGGCAGCGGUACAGGCUGCUGGGUCUGGCGGCCGUGGCGCACGCCAUGCUUGCGCCGCAGAUUCCGCCACCGCCACCACAACAGGCGCCACCGCCACAACAGCUGCCACCGUCCUACCAGCAGCAGCAGUAUCCUGCGCACUGGUGGAAUCCUGCACCGGCGGCGCAGGCAUAUGUGGCGCCACAGCCACAGUGGCAUCCUGCGCAAAGGUUGUAUCCUGCACAAGGAUUUGCGGCGCCACCGCCACUGUGUGACUCACUGGCCGCAGAUGCCAACGAAGCAUCAGCAGAGUCACUUCGACGGCAAUGGACGACGAUGCCGUAUCAGUGCUGGAUGUGCUGGCAAAAAUGCAUCCAUGCGUAUAAAGCCAGGCGCCACAACUGCUUGGCCUCGUCCUGCACUUAUUUGUGCCCCUAUUGCCCGUUCAGCUCUGUGGUCAAAAGCCCGAGCGGGCAUAGGGCUAAGUGCGAAGGGGACGGGGUCACGGCUUACUUGCCGGAUGGCCCACAUGCCACCCUGCGGCGACAUUGGGCGGGCAUCAACAACGGGGUGUUGCAGCCUUCGAGGGAGUCUUCAAUGUCCCCCACGUCGCGGGAACUUAGUGAAGGGCUUAAUGCCUUGUUGUAA